AUGAUAGACCUCGGAUUCAUCUUCUUCACUGUCCCCAAGUCCAUGGUCAAUUCCCUGUUGAACACUAGGUCGAUUUCUUAUUCUGGGUGCAUUGCUCAGGUCUUUCUCUUCAUUUUCUUCACUGCGGUUGACUUUGGUUUUCUCACCAUCAUGGCAUACGACCGCUACAUCGUCAUCUGCAAAUCACUACACUAUGAGUCUCGAAUGAACAGGAGAGCUUGUAUUGAAAUGGCAGCCAGUGCUUGGAUCAGUGGUAUUUUCUGCUCUGCACUGCACAUUGGGAAAAUAUUUGUAUUAAUCUUCUGUGGAGGCAACAUAGUGGAUCAAUUCUUUUGUGAAAUCCCACAGCUACUCAAACUCACUUGUUCUGACUCAUAUCUCAAUGAAGUUGGGGUUAUUGCCUUUUUUGCAUGUUUAUCUAUAAGCUGCUUUGUUUUAAUAAUUGUGUCAUAUGGUCAGAUCUUCACCACAAUGCUGAGAAUCCCCUCUGAGCGGGGCCAGCAUAAAGCCAUCUCCACCUGCCUCCCUCACCUCAUUGUGGUCUCCUUGUUUGUUUGCACUGGGACCUUUACCUAUGUGAAACCACCCUCCAUCUAUCUAUCAGGUGUGGAUCUUGUGGUGGGUGCGCUCUAUUCCGUGGUGCCACCAAUCAUGAAUUGA